UUUCUUUUCGAACCUCUUGAUUAACCACUUCUUCGCUCAUCCCCCAUCGUCGCAAUGGCCACCGAACUUUGCCCUGUCUACGCGGUCAGUAACAAUAAUACCCCGUCCUGCUAUACCCAACGACGUCACCGAGAAACUCCCGGAGGGACAUCGAAAUAAUCAGCAUGGCCUGUUCGAUAUACUGGAUAGAAUGCUAACCCGUAACACAGCCCUUCUUCGGCGCCAUGGGUUGCACCUGUGCCAUCGUCUUCACCUGCCUGGGCGCCUCAUACGGUACCGCCAAGUCUGGUGUUGGUAUCGCCGCAAUGGGUGUCCUCCGCCCAGAUCUGAUCGUCAAGAACAUUGUUCCCGUCAUUAUGGCUGGUAUCAUUGGUAUCUACGGCCUGGUCGUGUCUGUUCUUAUCUCCGAUGGUCUGCGACAAGACCUUCCUCUCUACACUGGUUUCAUCCAAUUCGGUGCUGGUCUCUCUGUCGGUCUCGCUGGUCUUGCUGCCGGAUUUGCCAUUGGUAUUGUUGGCGAUGCCGGUGUCCGAGGAACUGCUCAACAACCUCGUCUUUUCGUCGGAAUGAUUCUGAUUCUUAUUUUCGCUGAAGUCUUGGGUCUAUACGGUCUUAUCGUCGCUCUUCUGAUGAACUCAAAGGCUAGCCAAGAUGCUGUCUGCGCAUAAGCAACUCGCGCGCCUGUGGCCUCUUGGAAAAGCUUGCCAACUCUGUCUUUUUCAAAGUCGCUACUUUUGAUAUGAAAUAUGGGUUUCUGGGCUGUAUUGCAAUGUUAUAGCCCGGACGGUGCCGGAUGAAGCUUGUGUGUUGAGAUUGGUGAAUCUCGGCUUGACUCACAGUGAGGGUCGUGUAAUGGAUCAAAUUAGUAGGAAGUUUACAUAUGUACACUAGUGACAGGGUGUGUUUGCUCUUGAUGCGAAUUUCUCUUCAUAGACGGUGAAGGUGAAGGAUCUAGUGUAAGCGGAUGGUCAAUUUUAUCUGUCAUUGUUUUUUUUCUUUACACUUUCACAGUUGAACAGCUUAGGGUUUCUAGCCGAAAGCAGCUUUUGUAUUUGUAUAAUCAUAGGUGGACGUUGAGCUUCCUCUGUGGCAACUUCUUCACAAUGUACGAAAUGUGCUCUAGCGAAAUUGUAUCAUAAAGAUGGC